AUGCGGGAAGAGGUAAAACUGCUGGAACACCAUACCUGCUUCCUGGCGAAUCAGGCGCUCGUCAACUUUCGGAUCGUUAACCUUCAGGCCAUCGACAAUCAGAUCGCCGGAGGUGAUUUCUUCCAGUUUGUUGAUGCAGCGCAGCAGGGUCGAUUUACCGGAACCGGACGGCCCGAUAAUCACCACGACUUCGCCCUGGGCAAUGUUCAAAUCGAUAUUGUGCAGCAC